UCUCUGCUUCCUUUCGGUGGAUUUUCAUUUCACCUUUGCAAAGGCAGCCAAGCCCCCUCCCUACCCUUCAUCUCAUCCCCAUCAUCGUCUCUCUCUCAACUCUCAUGAAUAAUUCCUUGAUUGGUUUGAUUUGAUAAGCUCUUGAGAAGAAGACAGCUCGGGAUUUGCACAGAAAGAAAUCAAAUUAUAUUUUUUUUUUUUUGGGGUUGACAAGAAAGAAGCCAUGGAUUCUAAUUCCUGGGCUGCUCGUUUGUCUUCUGCCUCCAAGCGCUAUCAAUCUGCUCUUCAAUCUCGAUCUGGAAUGAAAUGGGAUGGCUUUGAUGCAGAAAUGCUUAUGGGCUUUGAGGAGAUUGACAUGGAUGAUGAUAUAAGAGAGGAAUAUCCCUGCCCUUUCUGUUCGGACUAUUUUGAUAUUGUGGGACUUUGCUGCCACAUUGAUGACGAGCAUCCCGUAGAAGCCAAGAAUGGGGUAUGUCCAGUUUGUGCAGUGAGGGUGGGUGUUGAUAUGGUAGCUCAUAUAACGCUGCAACACGGGAAUAUUUUUAAGAUGCAGCGCAAGAGAAAAUCACGAAAAUCUGGUUCCCAUUCUACUCUUUCCUUGUUGAAACGAGAGCUAAGAGAAGGGAACUUACAGUCCCUUUUUGGAGGAUCUUCCUGCAUAGUUUCUUCAAGCAAUGCAGCCCCUGACCCGCUUUUGUCCUCAUUUAUUAUGCCAAUGGAUUAUGAAAGCGUUCCACCACACUCUUCAGCUGAUUCGACAAUAGCCAAAAAAAGCACAACUGGGAGCAUUUCAGAGAGAAUUCCUCCAAUGUCGAUCAAAGAUCAUGAGGAGAAAUCGAGGAGAAGUGACUUUGUUCAAGGACUGCUGCUGUCGAUGAUAAUUCCUUAGUCAGCUCAAGAUGGAAAGGCCUUGGCAUGGAGAAUGAAAAGUAAAAUAAAUUUGUAGCAAUAAAUGUAAUCAAUGUUAUGUAGAGAUUAGUUUUAGGUGUUGAAGAUUGAUGAUGUAUUUUUCUUGUUGAAAAAGAGUUAUGGACUUGUCGCAUUA